GAGAAAUCCUUGGUCGCCUCCGUUUUCAGUUCCUCCAUCUUCGAGAGCUUCUGAUCCGAACAUCUUCACCAAAAUGUCAGGGGAUUCAUCUAGUGAUUGGGAGUGAGUUUGUUGAUUGGUUUUUCCAAAAGCCUCAAAAAGAAAAAGGUCUGAACUUCUUUUUGGAGAAAGUCUAUAUUUUCGAAAACAAUCAAUGUCUCUCAGAAAACCAGCACUCCCAAGGCUUCUUCUUAAGAAUGUUUCUUGCAUGAGAAAUGCCCAACAAAUUCUAAGACAUGUUAAUGUCACCCUUUAUGAUGGAGGGUCACUAGUGUUGACUGGCACAAACGGGUCAGGCAAGACAACUUUCCUCAGAAUGUUGGCAGGGUUUAAUCGUCCUUCGGCCGGAGAGAUUCUCUGGAAUGGUCACGAUAUCACAAAAUCAGGAAUCUUCCAUCAAUACAAGCUUCAGCUCAACUGGCUCUCCCUUAAAGAGGCAAUAAAAAAUAAUAUGUCAGUUCUUGACAAUGUUCAGUGGUUUGAAGUUCUUGAAGGGAAGCAAGGGAAGUCUUUGGCUGCUUUGGAGUUGAUGGGGCUUGGAAAAUUGGCUAAAGAGAAAGCCAAGAUUCUGUCAAUGGGGCAGCGAAAGAGGCUUCAGCUCGCCAGGUUGUUAGCGAUCAACAGGCCAAUUUGGUUGCUCGAUGAGCCUUCAGUUGCAUUAGAUGAUGAUGGGGUGAAGUUGCUGGAGUACAUCAUUUCCGAGCAUAGAAAGAAUGGCGGGAUUGUGAUUGUAGCUACACAUUUGCCGAUUGAGAUUCAGGACACUAUGUAUAUGAGGCUUCCCCCAAGAUUUCCAAGGAGAAUGACCUUGGUAGAUAUGCUUGAUCGUCGAGACUUCUAAGUUCUUUUACUAUUCCAAUUUUGGCGUUGACAAACUUAGAGUAAGAUUUUGGUCUUAUAGGCUCCAUUCUUGAGACUUCUUAAGUUAUUUAACCAUCCCAAGUUUGGUUUUACAUACUUGUUAGAAUAAGAUAGAAAAGAAUAGAAAAGAAAAUUCAAUUGUCAUUUUUAUUUUUCUACCGUCUCAUUUUCUUUUACAUUAUUUUAGCAUUGCUCAAGCUGGGCUAAUCUUUGUAUUGAAAUUGAACUGGUGCAGCUUCAAAGGAAUUGCACUUUGAUAGAUUACUCUUGCAUGAGUGGUGGCAUUUUGUGCUCAAUGACAUUUAUGAUGUACCUAAUGACACUUAUUGCUUUCCUCUGGUC